GCGAGGGGUACGCGUUACUCUUGUCGAUUGGCCGUAGUACCCGGGGGCUCAAGCGUCGUAACGCGCGAAAAAGCACACGCGUCGCGUGAGUGACCGGUCGUAUCUGACAGCUCGCACACGGUGGCCAGCGAUUUUUCUCACUUGACACGCGCGUCACAAUAGUGUUGUGUGUAACGGUGAGAGACGACGGCGACUUGUGAAUUACGAUAAUCGGCCGCGGCAAUCGGGACGAAGGAGAGUGACAGUGCGGGAUAGACAGAAGAGAAGAAGGACACGGUGAAGGAGAGAGAGAGAAAGAGAGUGAGCACUGCGACACAAUAACGGAUCCUGCGACGUACGCUGCUGUCAUUAAACGUUGAGGAGGCAGAAAUGGCACGGCGGGAAUCUCGGUGAGGAAAGGGCGAGGGUGAAGCCCUCGCAGGAAACGGGAGCUAUGGUGAAAAGCUUGGAUUUCCUCGCCAGAAGGGCGCCACCUGCCGUCCACCUUUUCAUCGUUUUGCUCGCGCUCGCCCCCGCUUACCAUGGCGUGGACCUCUCCCAAUGCAUCGCGCCGCUCGGCAUGGAGUCCGGGGCGAUCCCGGACGCGGAUAUCAACGCCAGUUCCAGCUUCGACACCGGAAACGUCGGUCCCCACCUGGCACGAUUGAAAUCGGAGACCCUUGGUGGUGCCUGGUGUCCUAAGGACCAAAUCACCAACGAAGCUCGAGAAUGGCUGGAGAUCGACCUUCAUUCGAUCCACUUGAUCACGGCCACCGCUACCCAAGGUCGUUUCGGGAACGGCGUGGGUGUUGAAUUCGCAGAGGCGUAUCUGUUAGAAUACUGGAGGCCGCGACUGGGCAAAUGGGUUCGAUAUAGAGACAUCAAAGGAGAGGAGGUAAUAAAGGGUAACACGAACACGUAUUUGGAGUCCAAGCACGAGCUGCAGCCGCCUCUGUGGGCGAGCAAGAUCCGUUUUCUGCCCUACAGCUAUCACAGGCGGACGGUUUGCAUGCGGGUCGAGCUCUACGGGUGUUACUGGAGCGACGGCGUGGUGUCCUACUCGAUGCCCCAGGGCGAUAAAAGGGGCAACGGAUGGGAAUUCUUCGACGCGACCUACGACGGACAUUGGGACGGCGAGUUGCGCCGUGGUCUGGGUCAACUGACGGAUGGCAGAACAGGACCUGAUAAUUUCAAAAUGUACUACGAUAACGAUCGCGCCCAGGGCUGGGUAGGCUGGAGAAACGAUAGCCGCAACCAGCCGGUCGAGAUCAAGUUUGAGUUCGACAAAGUCAGAGAAUUUUCCGCCGUCCAUAUCUAUUGCAAUAACGAAUUCACCAGAGGCGUCCAGGUGUUUUCUCAAGUCGACAUACUCUUCAGUAUUGGUGGAAAAUAUUACACGGGAGAACCUAUUACCUACACUUAUAUGGAGGACAAGAUCUUUGAGACUUCUCGAAAUAUUACAAUCAAACUUCAUCAUCGGGUUGGAAAAUUCGUUAAGCUGAGACUUCAUUUUUCGGAUCGAUGGAUCAUGGUCAGCGAAGUAACCUUCGAUUCUGAUAUAGCACACGGGAACUUUACGCCAGAGGAAGCACCGACAACCGAAUCACCAAUUCAGAGCGACGUCUUCGUGGAGAAGAACGGCGCUGCCGAGGGCGAGCUUCCGGUUUCGACGGCGAAACACGACGACCCCACGUAUAUGGCGGUCGUGAUCGGCGUGCUGACCGCCGUGAUACUUUCACUCGCCGUGGCGAUAUUUCUGAUUGUCUCGCGACACAGGCAACGCAAGUGUUUCGCCAGCCCGAUGACCGGUAAAGCCCCUUCGCAUCUAGGUUCUACCUGCGCCACCGUCGAGAAAGGCGCGGCUUUGAUGGCGUAUACCCUGGAGGACGACGAAAGAUACGCGGGCGGUUCGCUACCGACUUUGCCGCGCGAUCUCGGCAAUCGUCUCCUGGAUAUCGUGAAGCUGGACGACUACCAAGAGCCGUAUCAGGCGCUAAAGUACGCGCCGUACUACAGCUACAGCACCGUCGUUAUGGAGAUGAAAGACAUGAUGCUGAACAACAAGGGCACCAACAUCAAUCACUCAGCGGUGUACGCGAACGGUGCAGUUGACACGUCGUACGAUUAUGCGGUACCGGAACUCGGCACAGUGCCUCUGCUCAAUCAGGACGCCGGCCGCGGGGCGACCGUCUCCAGCGCCACCGGCGAUCAGGAUAGCCUCUUCUCCAAGAGCUCGCGGACCACGAAGACAGAGGACAAGAAGUCGCCGACUCAACAGGAGGUACUCUCGGCCCUGAAGAGACGUCUGGAGCAGACCAGCGUACCGCUCUUCCCACGGCAUCGCCUUCGCAUGCUCUCCAAGCUCGCCGAAGGGGCUUUCGGAACGGUAUACGUGGCGGAAGCUGAAGGGAUUCCGGAAUACGGAACGACGACUACCCUCGGCAAGCGACUCGUCGCCGUCAAGUUUUUACUGCCGGAAGCCAGCGAGAAGGAAAAGUUGGACUUCCAAAGAGAUGUGAGAAUCCUAGCUGCUCUGGAAGAUCGCAAUAUCGCUCGAGUUCUGGGCGCCUGUUACCGCGAGGAACCCUACUGCGUGGUGAUGGAAUAUCUGGAACACGGGGAUCUUUGUCAGUUUCUCAAGACACACAUCACUGCCGAAGACGCACAUUCCAUGCCAAUUGGCGUCAAGACGCUUAGUUUCAACUGUCUCAUCUACAUGGCGGCACAGAUCGCGUCGGGCAUGCGGUAUCUGGAGAACCUGAACUUCGUUCAUCGGGAUCUGGCUACUAGAAAUUGUUUGGUCGGUAAAGCUUAUCAUAUCAAAAUCUCGGACUUCGGCACGGACAACGAACUGUACGCUUGCGAUUACUACAAAGUCGAUGGAACUAUGCCGUUGCCGGUACGAUGGAUGGCUUGGGAGUCAAUAUUUCUCGGAAAGUAUACGACCAAGAGCGAUGUGUGGGCUUUCGCAGUUACUCUCUGGGAGAUUUUGAACCUCGGCAGACGCGUCCCUUACGAGCACCUGUCCGACGAAGAAGUGGUGCAGAGCCUGCGGCAACUGCAUCACGCCGCCGAUUGUAACAACGUUAAUCCCGAAGAUGGCUGCAAGGAGGAUUCUGGAAAUGUCUUUGAUUAUCUACCGCGACCUACCGCCUCCUCCAAGGACAUCUACGAUCUGAUGCUCGAGUGCUGGCGACGAGAGGAGAAUGAGAGACCGACUUUCCGUGAAAUAUCGCUCUUUCUGCAGCGUAAAAAUCUUGGAUAUGCUCCAACAUCCUGAUAUUGAGCCCCAAACUUGAGCAAGCGCGACGUUUUUAAUAAUCAUCCCGCGAAUCGGAACAAGUUCGGUUCUCAAACGGGUCGACGAGCGUGCAGGCAAUGUCCUCAUUCGAAGAAAUGCAAGGAACGAACGACGAGUGAGUGAGAGCGACUAGCGAAAAAAAAAGAA